AUGCCCAGGACAUUGCCCUGGCUUCGCGCCGAGAAUAGCAUCCCUGUGAAAAAAGAGCCAACACCACGAAAGCGCGUGAAGACGGAACCCAGUCCUGAUCACGACCUCACUCCCAAACACCCUCGACCUUCUCCCCCCAGGCGCGAUUUCUUCAGAUCCUCCCAAAGCCCACCGACAUCUCCCAUCAGACGUUGCCCCUCCGAAGAGUUUUUGAUUGAAGGAAUUCAGUACGAUGAUGGCUGGAUCAUGGUCGAAGACGAGUUCUACGCCGUCGCGCAAACAUUUACUCAACAUCUACAUCAUGCGGAGUACCUGCGACGGCGAAAGCAAGUGAAAGCCGAAAAUGCAGCCGGAAUAGGAGACAUUGAGAGGCCUACAGACGGCCGUACACCAUUGCCAAAUGAAGUCGAGCGGAAAAGAGCAGCCGAAGCGCUCAGGGAACGGCAAAAAGCCGGACUAGCGCAGAUAGGGGACGGAGGAGUCGACGGCAAAGAUGAAGACGACGACGAUGAGAGAUUGGCAGGAACACAUCUUCACUGUCUCAUGACGAGCCCACGACAAGUACGAUCCUUGGUGGGAGCUCACGCGCCUAAGUCCUCUACUAGAGCUGCUGCGGGCUUUGGACGGGCACCUACUUUAGGUAGUGGACGAGCCCGGGUGAACAGUAUUGGGAGUGUCACUGCAGCAUCAAGAGCACCAGAAGUUCCAAGCAUUGAACUGGAUGAAGAGACGGCCUCGGGCUCGGAUGACGACGACGACCUUGACCUAGAAACCCAGCCGGUCGUGCUACCGCCGCCAAGAAGAACAAAUACCACUUUACGAAAAAGUCAGGCUCACGAUCAGACAACACCACGAGCCCAGCAAGCAUCUAAAAUACAAAGCACGUCUACGUUAAAACCAAAAGCGAAGCCGGCACAUGAGCGACCCAGUCCAGCGAACGCGUAUAAAUCACGGGUUCAAUCACUUUUUGAUGACCUCGAUGAACUACCAGAGUCAUCUCGGAUAGACCACUCUAUCUCUGACAAGUCCAGGGAAACUCCUGCAAGACAAUCUCCUAUAACUGGCGGAGGGGACAAUUUAGAUGCAAAAAAUUCCCGGCACAAUGAAGUGCCCACCUUCUUGGUUUGA